UCAAAAAAGUGACACUCAAAUUACACCUAAAGAUCAAAACGCGCUUUAAAUAACCAUUACCUAUUAUUUUACUAGCUUUACAUGGAUCCAAGGUAAGGAACAAAAAAGUGUUGGUUUUGAUGCCAAUAGGAUUUAAAGGUUAGACCUCUUCCAUUCAUACUAUCCUUUGUAUAGUAAAAGAAUUUGGCCUUAUGGCUUUUGCUACUCCUAGCUUUCGUUACCCUACCCCUUGAUAUAUAGUUUGAGAUAUAUCUUUCUUGUCUUGCUAAAUCUUGUUUCCAAAAUGGCACUUAGCAACAAUGUCAUCGGAGCCAUCAACUUCGUUGCGAUGCUCCUCUCAAUCCCAAUCAUUGGUGCAGGAAUUUGGCUAGCAACAGAGCCAGACAAUUCUUGUGUAAAGCUUUUACAAUGGCCUGUCAUAAUUUUAGGCAUCUUGUUCCUGGUUGUGGCCAUUGCAGGCUUUGUGGGAGCGUUUUGGAGGAUCCCAUGGCUCCUUAUCUCUUACCUCAUUGCCAUGCUGGUUCUUAUAAUCUUGCUUGCUGCUCUGGUGGUUUUCAUCUACAUGGUCACCAUUAGAGGCUCUGGCCACCUCGAACCGAGCCGGUCUUACUUGGAAUAUCGCCUUGAUGAUUACUCCGGUUGGCUUCGCCGUAGAGUUCGAAACCCUUUUAAGUGGGCACGCAUAAGAGCUUGUCUUAGCUCAACAAAUAUGUGUGAUGAGUUGAAUCAGAGAUAUCGCAUGGCUCAAGAUUUUUUUAACGCGCACAUUACCCCCUUACAGUCAGGAUGCUGUAAGCCACCCACACAAUGUGGGUACACGUUCGUGAAUCCAACGUACUGGAUAAGUCCCAUAAACAACGCAGCCGACAUGGAUUGCCUGCAAUGGAGCAACGACCAGACCCAACUUUGCUUCAACUGCGAUUCCUGCAAAGCUGGAUUACUUGCUAAUCUCAAGAAAGAAUGGAGAAGAACCAACAUUAUAUUGCUCAUCACUCUUAUUGCUCUCGUUGCCGUUUAUUUGAUAGGCUGCUGUGCCUUUAGGAAUGCCAAAACCGAAGACCUUUUCCGCAAAUACAAGCAAGGCUAUACCUAAUUAUCAUAUAAUCUAUAUUAAUGAAUUAUCAGUCCUUUUCUUUCUCUAGGUUGUUUAAUUAAUUUGAUUUAUCUCGUGACAUGAACAUUCUUAUCAUAUUGGUUAGUUUUAGUUCUAUGAUUUUGCGAAACUUCGAUUGUUGUGUAAAGUUGACAAAGGUGUACGUGCAUGAUUUGCGGGAGGGAACCGAAAGCUGGUUAUUACUUUUGAAUUACAAA